UCUCCUACAGCAAAGUGUAAAUAAUUUUACCAUUUACUGUAUUAGAGUGACUGUAUGCCUCCGGUCUCUAAUAUGUAACUGUAUUUUGUCCCUCUAAGGAUUCAACGUCUACCUCCCUCAGGGGGCAGAGGAAAGCUCUUGAAUGAAGAACAGGAACUUGCUAUUGUCAACAUGGUGAUUGCGGACAAUGAAAUAAAACUGAAGGACAUUCAGUCCAGAAUUGUAGAGGACAACCUUGUCUUUGGGAACAUUGCAGAAAUCAGCAUAACAUCCAUUUCUCGGACUCUAGCUAAGCACAGAGUCCGAAUGAAAACACUAUGCAAAGUUCCUUUUGAAAGGAACAGUGAGCGCAUCAAAGAACUCCGUCACCAAUACGUCCAGAGAGCCAUGGAGUUGGAGGCCAAUGAAGUCCCACAUGAAAUUAUCUAUGUUGACGAGGCUGGCUUCAACUUGGCGAAAAGGCGUCGCUGUGGGAGAAACAUAACAGGCCAAAGGGCCACAGUUACCGUGCUGGGCCAGAGAGGAGCCAACAUCACCAUGUGCGCCGCAAUCUCCAACAACAGUGCACUCCUGCAUAAAUGUCAGAUUGGCUCCUACAACACCGACCGCCUUCUCCUGUUUUUAGAAGACCUGCACGAAAGACUGGUGCCAGAGGUAGAAAGGGGACAGGUGGGAGACCACUUGCCUAUAUAUGUUAUCACAUGGGACAAUGUAGCAUUCCACCAUUCCCGUGCAGUCACAGCCUGGUUUGACGCCCAUCCAAGGAUGAUGUCCCAUUUCCUUGCCCCUUACUCCCCUUUCCUCAACCCCAUUGAGGAGUUUUUCUCAGCAUGGAGAUGGAAGGUUUUUGACCAUCGUCCACAUGACCAAAUGUCCCUCCUGGAUGCAAUGGAUGCUGCAUGCCAAGACAUCACAGCUGAGCACUGCCAGGGGUGGAUAAGGCAUGCCAAAAGAUUCUUCCCACGAUGCCUUGCCAGAGAAGAUAUCAGGUGUGAUGUGGAUGAGAACAUGUGGCCAAAUGCAGAAGACCGGGCAGAAUAGAAGAUGACUUUGUUUUUUUUUU